UUAUACAGCGGAUGCCGGUUCGAUUGUGUCAUUUAACUUCACACACGCGCACUCCCCUAUCCCUCGCUCUGAAUUUACACACAAAGACAAAUUGCUUCAGACCCUUUCUUUUCAAUAAAAAAGUAGAAAACCAAUCCUUAAAAUGUCAGACGAGGCAUCAGAGAGCAUGAUCACAGAAGUAGAUCUCGAUGACGAAACCGUGGCCCGAUUACUUGAGGAGGAUGAGUCGGGAGUGGAAGGAGAAAAUCAAGAAUCUGAAAACCGUCAAGAUGACGCCGACGGCGGAAUGGAGUACACCGGCGAGACGGAGGAAGGCCAAGGGGACCAAAUGCAAGCAGAGCAAGAAGAAAACGGAGACAACAAGGAAGAAACUAAGAUUGAGACCGGCCCACGUCUUUUCAUUGGAGGUCUUCACUACAAGACGAGAGACACCGACCUACAGCAGCAUUUUGAGAAGUACGGCAAGCUGGCAGAGUGCCAAGUUGCCAGAACAAAGCAGAGAUAUGGUGGGGACGGCAAGGGCAGAUCCAGGGGCUAUGGAUUUGUCACGAUGUCUACGCAGGCCGAGACGGAUGCUGUGCUAGUUGAAACCCAUGUAAUAAAUGACAAGGUUGUGGCAGUGAUGGUCUCCAAACCACGAGAUUCCCCAGAGAGAAAAUUUAGGAUCAGCCUCAACAACCUAGACAAAGAAAAGACCACGAAGGAAACUCUAAUCGGCCACUUCAGCCAGUACGGCAACAUCGUGCAGUGCACCAUCAGCAUGGAGCAGGUGGACGGCGUGACGGUGUCGCGCGGCUCCGGCUUCAUUACCAUGGCAACGGAGGAAGAAAUGAAAGCUGCCCUGGCCGGGAGCGUCGACGGCCACCAAACUAUCGACGAGAAGAGCGUCGAGGUUAAGAGAGCUGUGGCAGAAGGAAAAAAUCAUGAAAGGCUUCGUAAGUUAUGGUUCGGAGGGCUGGACAGGGAAAAGACCACUGAGGCCGACGUGUUGGAAUACUUCACCACAUUUGGGACAGUGAAGGAGUGCGUCGUCGUCCGAGACCCUCCAGAGACAGAGGGUGGGGAGUGCAAGUCAAGAGGAUAUGGCUUCAUUGGCAUGACGAAUGUCGCCGAGGCGGGUGCAAUCUUAAAACAUCCAGAACCGCAUAAGAUUCACGACAAACUGCUGGUGUUCAACCGCACGCUGCAGAGGCCGGGCCAGCCAGAUGCUGAGAGUGCAUCAGACAAACUGGUAACCGUCUCGGGUCUCAAGGACACGCCUCUCACCCAGGACGAUCUGAUGGCGUAUUUCAAGAGUCACGCUAAGUUUAGGUUUCUCACUAUGGAGAAGAGUGAGGGCACCGCUAUCGUCGCUUUGGAAAGAGCUGAAGAUGCUGACAAACUUGCACAAGUACAUGACCACUGCAUCCAGAAGUAUUGGCUGACUGUGGAGAAGGCGAGCUUAAAGACGCUGAAACUGGAGAAGGCAAAAAAUAAGGCCAACAAUGCGAGUAAAAAUGCCAACAAAUCAAAAGGUGCACAAACUGCCAAUCCCAAACGACUAAAGGACAUCCAUACUUCACCAGGGCCCGCAAAGAACGCUAAAGGAAAAGGGGCGGGACGAGGACGCGCUAAUGACAGGAGGCAAGGAGGAUUUGGCAAGAUGCCAGCAAGAAACCAAGCUCAGCAUUAUGAUGACGGGUAUUAUAACGGACCAGCAAGACAGGGUGGCGGAGGAUUCGGUGGCGGUAUGAUGUCGGGAGAUUUUAUAUCCCAGGGCCAGACUUCCUUGAUGGAUGAUUAUUAUGGAAGCAGUGCAUCCUCCUACGGACCAGUCAAAGGUGGUGUUCCUAGAGGUAGGCUCCAAAAUCGGGGUCAAGUGAGUAAAGGUGAUGGUGGUGGUUGGGUGUUUGUUGAGAAUCUGUACGGGCAGCAGGGCGGACAGCAGGGCGGGCAGCAAGGAGGACAAUUUUCAGGGACCAACAUGAACCAGAGACAGAUGAAAGGCUUCAGAAACAAGCGACAACAGAACACGUCCAUGGAUCUAGGCGGUGGAUACGGGAACCUAAUGGACCAGCAGAUGGGUGGUAACCUGGGAGGCAACCUGGGAGGCAACCUGGGAGGCAACCUGGGCAGCAUGGGCGGCAUGGGCGGAGGAGGGUUCAGUGAUAACUGGGUCAAGGGGAACAACAUGAAUAGGAACAAACGACGCGGUAAAGGCAGACCGUAUUAAACAAAUUCCAUCCCGUGCUAUAUACAGGGAACAAUUUCAUAGAGCUGCUUAAGCACAAAAAGUAGCUAAGCACAACAAAAUUAUGCUUACCUGCUUAU